ACAUUUGUCUUCAAAGGGCACGCCUUUUCACCUCAUGAGAAGGAGAGAGGAUGGAGCUGGGUAGGCCUGGGCUGGAGAGGCUUCCUGGCUUCCCGGAGCCAGCCUGGAGCCCAGCUGCCUACAGUCAGAUGCUCUGAAGGACUUCAGGUAGAUUUCGGCUUUCACAUUCUCACUGAGGGACUAAUCCAUCAAGUGUUUUGACUUUACGCAAGCCUCUCAGUUUCAGCUUCCUGCUUACACAGGCUUGCUCCUUGCCAUCCAGCACACAUCUACGGUAACCAGAGGCCACCACCAUGACAAGGGACCAGAAUGGAACCUGGGAGAUGGAGAGUAAUGACAACUUUGAAGGCUACAUGAAGGCCCUGGAUAUUGAUUUUGCCACCCGCAAGAUCGCCCUCCAUCUGACUCAGACGAAGAUCAUUGAGCAAGAUGGCGAUAAGUUCAAGACACAAACCAAGAGCACAUUCCGUAACUAUAAUGUGGAUUUCACAGUUGGGGUGGAGUUUGAAGAGCAUACAAAGGGCCUGGACGACCGGAAAGUUAAGACUCUGGUCGUCUGGGAAGGCGAUGCCCUUGUGUGCGUGCAGAAGGGGGAAAAGGAGAACCGAGGCUGGAAGCAGUGGGUUGAGGGGGACAAGCUGUAUCUGGAGCUGACGUGCGGCGACCAGGUGUGCCGUCAAGUGUUCAAGAAGAAGUGAUGGUUUGAGGAGGGCCUGCUGAGCAUGCACUCCAUGCUCGCCAUGAAGGGGUCUCUGCCAGCACUGGGGAGCAGCCAUGGGGACCCCUCUGGUCCUGACAGAGCCCAUUAAGAUAUCUGGGCCUCUCCCACUUCUGAGAUGGUCCACACUAUGUCUAUGGAGUGUGUUUCCUCCCUGAAUAAACCUUUUUUCUCUUUCA